AUGAGGGCCUUCUACCUGCACAAAGACAUUGCUCCCUCCGAGCUCCCAAACACUCUCUCUAACGAUGUUCCUGAACCCAAGAUCACUCCCGGAUCCUCCGAAGUUCUCAUCGACGUCCACUCCGCCGCCUUCAAUUUCUUCGACAUCCUCGCCGUCCAAGGCAAAUACCAGGUCAAAACCCCUCAUCCUUAUGUCCCCGGUGUCGAAAUGGCCGGUAUCAUCUCCAAAGACUCCCCUAUCCCGGAUGGAUGCGAUUUCGUCCCCGGCAAGACCCGCGUCUUUGGCGCUGCUCAGGGCGCUUACGGCGAAAAGGCCAAAGCUGAUUACUGGCAACUCAUGGAAGUGCCUGAAGGUAUCACGCUCGAACAAGCUGCAGGGUUGUUCGUUACAUGGCCUACCAGUUACGCCGCUCUCAAAUUCCGAGCUGAGGUGAAACCAGAUGAGUGGGUUCUCGUGCAUGCCGGUGCAGGGGGUGUCGGUAUUUGCGCCAUUCAGAUCGCCAAAGCUAUGGGCGCUAAGGUCAUCGCUACCGCUGGCUCGGACGAUAAGCUCCGUGUGUGCAAGCUACACGGUGGUGCAGAUUACGCCGUCAACUAUCGGGACAAGGAUUGGCAGGCUCAAGUCAAAAAAAUCACGGACGGCCACGGAGUAGACGUAGUCUACGAUCCCGUUGGAAUGAUCGUCCCUUCUCUCAAAGUCAUCGCUUGGAACGGACGAAUCAUCGUCGUUGGUUUCGCAGCCGGUACAAUCGAGAAGAUCCCCGCCAACCUUAUCUUGCUCAAGAACGUCGCCGUGACCGGUGUUCACUGGGGUGCCUAUGUUCGCAAUGAACCUGACAAGAUCGGUGAGACAUGGGAAGCAUUGCUUGAUAUGUUCAGGACAAAGAAGGUCACUCCUACCGUCUUCGAGCAUAUCUACGAAGGAUUGGAAAGUGUGCCGGAUGGAUUGAAGGAUCUGGCGGAUCGAAAGACUUGGGGAAAGGCCGUGGUCAGAAUUAGGGCUGAUCCGCAGUUCCCACCUAAGGGCAAGCACAAGCUCUAA